CCGAUUGUAAUCGAAACAUUCACAUUUGGACGCCAUAUUGUCAUGUCAGAGUUUUGACGGUGGAUGGUGAAUGCUUGAGAAAAUAAUUUUCUACAACAAAUUGUUCUAAUACGUGUUUUACAAUUUAAGUGCGUCUUAUUUUUUAAGACGCUGGGUGCAGGUAGCAUCCUGUGAACCAUGAGCUAUCAGAUCCCGACUUCACAAAGCCGCACAAUGUCUCACAGCAACUAUGGAGGAUCUGACGUGCCGAUGGGCCCCAGCAAGGAGCAGCAAACCUUGCUGUGGCAGCAGAACUCCUACCUUGUUGAUUCUGGUAUCAACUCCGGAGCUGCCACUCAGGUGCCGUCUCUUACUGGCAAAGAAGAUGAUGAAAUGGAAGGAGAUCAGCUCAUGUUUGAUCUGGACCAAGGAUUUGCCCAGGGUUUCACCCAGGAGCAAGUUGAAGACAUGAACCAGCAGCUCUCUCAGACCCGCUCCCAGCGUGUCCGAGCCGCCAUGUUCCCGGAGACCUUGGAGGAGGGUAUUGAGAUCCCGUCCACUCAGCUGGACCCUGCCCAGCCCACUGCUGUCCAGCGCUUAUCGGAGCCUUCGCAGAUGUUGAAGCAUGCUGUUGUCAACCUGAUCAACUAUCAGGAUGAUGCUGAUUUGGCUACCAGAGCCAUUCCUGAGUUGAUCAAGCUCUUGAACGAUGAAGAUCAAGUAGUAGUAUCUCAAGCUGCCAUGAUGGUCCACCAGCUCUCGAAGAAGGAAGCCUCCCGCCACGCUAUCAUGAACUCUCCUCAAAUGGUGGCCGCCUUGGUCCGCGCCAUAUCCAACAGCAACGACCUCGAGACUACCAAGGGAGCCGUCGGGACCUUGCAUAACUUGUCACACCACCGUCAAGGCUUACUCGCUAUCUUCAAGAGCGGCGGAAUACCCGCUCUCGUCAAACUACUAAGCUCUCCUGUGGAAUCAGUCUUGUUCUACGCUAUCACCACCCUCCAUAACCUACUCUUGCAUCAAGAUGGCUCCAAGAUGGCCGUACGCUUAGCUGGCGGUCUUCAGAAGAUGGUGGCGUUGCUCCAGAGGAACAACGUAAAGUUCCUAGCCAUUGUGACUGACUGCCUCCAGAUCUUGGCCUAUGGCAAUCAGGAAUCGAAGUUGAUCAUUCUUGCUUCUCAGGGACCGAUCGAAUUAGUGCGAAUCAUGCGCUCUUACGAUUACGAAAAGUUGUUGUGGACUACUUCGAGAGUUUUGAAGGUCCUUUCCGUGUGCUCGAGCAACAAGCCGGCCAUCGUGGAGGCCGGCGGCAUGCAGGCGCUCGCCAUGCACCUCGGCAACCCGAGCGGCCGCCUCGUGCAGAACUGCCUCUGGACCUUGAGGAACUUGUCCGAUGCUGCCACUAAGUUGACGUUUCCCCAGGUUGAGGGGCUGGAAAACCUGCUUUCCAGCCUGGUACAGGUGUUGGCCUCCACCGACGUCAACAUCGUCACCUGCGCAGCUGGCAUCCUGUCCAACUUGACGUGCAACAACCAACGCAAUAAGGUGACCGUCUGCCAAGCUGGCGGAGUGGACGCGCUGGUGCGCACGGUGGUGUCGGCGGGCGACCGCGAGGAGAUCACGGAGCCGGCCGUGUGCGCGCUGCGCCACCUCACCUCGCGCCACGUCGAGAGCGAGAUGGCGCAGAACGCCGUGCGCCUGCACUACGGCUUGCCGGUGAUCGUGAAGCUGCUGUCGCCGCCGUCGCGCUGGCCGCUGGUGAAGGCGGUGGUGGGGCUGGUGCGCAACUUAGCGCUGUGCCCGGCCAACCACUCCCCCCUCCGCGAGCACGGCGCCGUGCACCAUCUAGUGCGCCUGCUCAUGCGCGCCUUCAACGACACGCAGCGGCAACGCACUUCGGUCCCGGGCGGCACCGGCACGGGCGCCGGCGCGGGCGGCGCGUACGCGGACGGCGUGCGCAUGGAGGAGAUCGUGGAGGGCGCCGUGGGGGCGCUGCACAUCCUGGCGCGCGAGGGGCUCAACCGCCAGCUCAUCCGCCAGCAGAACGUCGUGCCCAUCUUCGUGCAGCUGCUGUUCAACGAGAUCGAGAACAUACAGCGCGUGGCAGCGGGCGUGCUGUGCGAGCUGGCGGCGGACAAGGAGGGCGCCGAGAUGAUAGAGGCGGAGGGGGCCACCGCGCCGCUCACUGAGCUCCUGCAUUCUCGUAACGAAGGAGUCGCAACCUACGCAGCCGCAGUCCUGUUCCGCAUGUCCGAAGACAAGCCCCACGACUACAAGAAAAGACUUUCCAUGGAGCUCACCAACUCGCUCUUCCGCGACGACCACCAGAUGUGGCCCAACGAUCUUGGAAUGCAGCCCGAUUUACAGGACAUGCUCGGACCAGAGCAGGGAUAUGAAGGGCUGUACGGUACCCGACCGUCCUUCCAUCAACAAGGAUACGAUCAAAUACCGAUAGACUCGAUGCAGGGCCUCGAGAUCGGCAGCGGGUUCGGCAUGGACAUGGACAUCGGCGACCCCGAGGGGGCCGGCGCCGCCUCCGCCGACCUGGCCUUCCCGGAGCCGCCGCACGACAACAACAACGUGGCGGCCUGGUACGACACAGACCUCUAAACUAGCCUAGCCUAGCCUACGUACCCGUUGCACACCCACCCGGCUUAUUGUCAGUAGACAAAGGCGGCAAUUUAAAAAAAAGAAGACGCGAAGAGUUCUUCCCAUUAAAAAUAAAUUACGCGCUUUUUUCUACUGGUAAGGUGUGUUUGAGUAUAUAAGCACAAGAAUAACGAAACUGCUGAAAUAAUAACUGUCGAAACGCGUGAAACCCCGCGUUUUCCUGUUAAUUUUGAUGUUUAAAUGUAAAGUCGUCAUUGUUUAUCGGUAAUCAGGAGAUAAUGUGCUUUCCACGCUGCGCUAAGCCAGUUCUUAGUCCAGGAUGGAGAAAUAAAAUUAUACCGACGUGUCGACACAUUUCUUUAACAGUUAGAUCUCUUAAUCAAAAUCAAAAUUAAAUUCCUGAAUUAAUGUAGGAGCAUAUCGAGGCUCUCUGGAACAUGUGAGAAUUACAAUUAUGUAUGAUCGAGAAACCUGUGAUACACAAAGCAGCUUUAUGUCAAUUCAGUGUUGCCAAUAUAUGCAUUGUCAUAUGGAAUUAAAAUAUAUAUUAGCAUGACUUCGUUUGAAAAGUAUUAGACAACUAUAAUGACAUAAACCGCCUAUAAGUUUCAAAAUUACUUUGGUGCUAAGUUGAAGAGCUUACUGGAUUUAUUAUAAUUAUGUUAUAUGCUAGUAUAGCAGAAUAUCAAAUCCACCGAUAUAUUAAAAUGAUACCCGAAGGAAGAAGCCCUGCGUUGAUGGAUAUCGGUCUAUUUCACGCGAAACGUGAGUUUAUUCGGAAAAUAGGGUAAAUCAUUUUGUAAGGUUUUGUAGCCUUUAAAUUAUAUAGCUAAAUGUAUUAAUCGGUAUUAAAUAUUAAACUAGCAAUUUUAAUUUCUUCCUAAUCAAUGUUUUUGAGAUUAUGUUACACAUUUUAUACUUGAUAUCUUUUUUUCUAUUUAAUUAAUUAAAAGGAUAAGACUGUCCUGUUAUCAUAUAAGGCAUGUAUUCUUAAAGUAAUUUUUAGUAUUUGACUGCCAUUUUUUAUUUCAUUCAAAUUGUUUGAUUAUAAUUAAGGUUGAUGCCAUUGUGGCUCGUAUGGUUGAUAGAUAGUACAUAUAUUAAUUUUGUUUAGCAUAGUUAAGUAUUUGAUUUAAUUAAAUGAUAAUGUGAUUAGUAUUUCUCCGGACUAUAGUUUUAAGCGAAUAGUUUGAUUUAUCCAUGGUUGAUGUAGCAGUGAAUAUCUCUAACGGUUGUACAAUGUAGAUACAACUUGACGCCAAACUGUAAGGAAAGGUUUUCGCAUUUAGACACUAGGUUACUAAAAGAGAACGGCUUUAAGACUCCACCCUUAUUUUUCAUCAUAAUCUUAACAAUAGUGAUUAAGGGUGACCAUGAAAUGUGUCAGGGAUAUUUUCUUUGCAUUUGGUACUAAUUUUUUCGACAGGCCCCAUGAUAUACAUAAUGCAUUCUAACAUAGACCUUGCACGUUCUGUACUUUAAUUGUAGAAAAUGCACUCAAAAUUAACUUGAACCAUAGCAGAAUGUAAGUUUUAGAUCAUAAUCGUUAGAAUAAGAAUUGAAAACCUAGAAUUACGCAAUCGCCCUCAUAUGCCUCAUAUGCUAGGGCCCUCUUAUGUAAUUUUUUUAUUGAUACUUAUUUAAUAGACUUUGCCAAUGUUUUUAUACGUUCGAUUAUGAAAACAUUGCUGAAGUACGUAUGAGAUUUUGUGUCCAUUUGUGUAUGGAUUAUAAAUAAAUUUGAUUAUAUAA